AUGGUGCGAGAAACCAGUAGCGAGUCCUUCGUAACGGGUAUAGGAGAAGUGCUGACAGGGCGAGGGCGGAGCGAGGUGGAGCUGGAGGAUGACGAAGUACGCGAGGAAGGUACCAGGUUCGUUACUACGGGGUCUGGUGCGGUGCUCUCUGAAACUGACAGGGGCGGAGAUGCAGGAGAAGGGGUGGGAGCAGAGGGGAGAAUGGAGUCAGGAGGGGGUGGUGCCUUGGCUUCUGAUGUUGAUGGGUCGACGGGCGGGUGGGUGGAUACGGGAAAUGGCAGCAGCAGCAGCAGCAUCGCGAGCAGCACGGUUUCCAGUGUGUCUGGUAGCUUUACCUCCUUGGGAGAUGGUGGUGUGUAUAGCGACAGUGACUGCGAGGAGGGUGACAGUCCUGGUGACAUCGGCAGCUUCAACGCCGCAGAUUACACUGCAAGCGCCCUCAGCGUCGAGCCUCCCAGCACCAGUAGCAUCACCAGCAGCAGCAGUGUCAGCAGCGUGGACGGUGGCAGCAGCAGCGACUCGGAGGGCGAGUUUGUUGGCGGGGACAUGUGCGCGUCCGCGACGGGCGUGGUGCGCGUGCAGUCGCGGAAGAAGGCGGAGAUGUAUCUGGUGCGCACGGAUGGCAUCAGCUGCACUCGCGAGAAGGUCACUGCCUCCACGCUCGCCUUCUCCCACCCCUCCACGCAGCAGCAGAUGCUCAUGUGGCGCACCCGGCCUCGGACUGUCUUGCUGCUGAAGAAGCUUGGGACAGAACUUAUGAGUGAAGCCAUGGAGGUGGCGCGGUUCCUACAGCGCGAGGAGGGCAUGAACGUGAUGGUGGAGCCGGAGCUGCACGACACGCUCUCCCGCAUGCCCGGCUUCGGCUUCCUGCAGACCUUCUACGCCCAGGACACCAGCAAGCUGCACGAGAAGGUGGACUUUGUGGUGUGUCUGGGGGGCGACGGGGUCAUCCUGCAUGCGUCCAACAUCUUCAGCUCCUCCGUGCCGCCCAUCGUCUCCUUCAACCUCGGCUCCCUCGGCUUCCUCACUGCACACCCGUACGAGCAGUACAAGCAGGACCUCAAGGCGGUGAUUCAUGGGCAGGAGCAGACGGCGGGCGUGUACAUAACGCUGCGCAUGCGCCUCAAGUGCGAGGUGGUGAAGGGCGGGCAGGCGGUGCCGGGGAAGGUGUUUGACGUGCUCAACGAGGUCGUCGUGGACCGCGGCUCCAACCCCUACCUCUGCAAGAUCGAGUGCUACGAGCGCAGCAAGCUCAUCACCAAGGUGCAAGCGGACGGGGUGAUAGUGGCAACGCCCACGGGCAGCACUGCAUACUCCACUGCUGCCGGUGGCUCCAUGGUGCAUCCCAACGUGCCAUGCAUGCUCUUCACGCCCAUCUGCCCGCACUCCCUCUCCUUCCGCCCCAUCAUUCUGCCCGACUCCGCCCUGCUCGAACUCCGAGUCCCUGCUGACGCGCGCAGCAACUGCUGGGUGUCGUUUGACGGGAAGAAGCGGCAGCAGCUCUCGCGGGGGGACUCGGUGCGCAUUUCCAUGAGUGCGCACCCUGUUCCCACCGUCAACAAGCGUGACCAAACCGAUGACUGGUUUGCCAGCCUCGUCAGGUGCCUCAACUGGAACGAGCGCAUGGAGCAGAAGGGGUUUAAUACUGUCUUUUAG